CCAGCCCGCCCGCCGCCUGCUUUUUACCCACAACAUGUAAACAGUCCCCGCUAAGAGUUCUCCAGGGAGCCAGAGCGGGAGAGCUGGGCAUUAAAGCAGGUCCGCGAGGAGCCCCCUGGCCCCGUGGAUUCCCCGGGCGGGAUCGCCGACGUACUGGGAGGCAGGAGACCAGAGGAAGCCGGGGCUGAGCCGAGCCGAGUUGAGCGCAGCGCUCGUGGAGGGGAGAGGCCGAGAGCUGCGCCCAGAGGGCCGGACAGCUAGAGCGAGGGAGCCACAGAGAGAGGAGGAGCGAGCGAGGAGGGCAGUGGAGAGGGGAGCGAGGCGGGGGCGACCGACGGGAUGGAUUUCCAGCAGCUGGCUGACGUUGCGGACAAAUGGUGUUCCAACACCCCCUUCGACCUCAUCGCCACGGAAGAGACGGAGAGGAGGAUGGAUUUCUACGCUGACCCGGGGGUCUCCUUUUAUGUGCUGUGUCCGGACAACGGCUGCGGGGACAAUUUUCACGUCUGGAGCGAGAGUGAAGACUGCUUGCCUUUCCUGCAGCUGGCACAGGAUUAUAUCUCCUCUUGUGGCAAGAAGACCCUCCAUGAAGUGUUGGAAAAAGUCUUCAAGUCUUUCAGACCUUUGCUGGGGCUCCCAGAUGUAGACGAUGACGCAUUCGAGGAAUACAGCGCCGACGUGGAAGAGGAGGAGCCAGAAGCCGACCAUCAACAGAUGGGUGUCAGUCAGCAGUAAACUUUGGAGGGUUGUGAGCAGGACAGAUGUUAACUUCUUGGUGCCAGGUGGGGUCAUGGGCUCCUGUGUUUGCAUUUUGCAUUCACUCAUCACCACAGGAGGUCUGACUCCCAGCAUCCGAAUUAAAAUGAAAUAGAAUUUUAACCACCAUGAAAUAUCUGUGAUAAGCUUUGCUGUGGGGUGGCCUGACUCCCCCCAACCCCUGCCCCUUCUGCCCCCAGCAGGUGUCGGGGGUCGUCUUAGUUGCCUUGUGCCAUUUUGAAUCUAGAAUCUGUUUUGGUAGCCAGCUUCAUUUUCUCUUUUGUUCAUGGGAAAGGAUUCACAUCCGCUGACUUGAAUGUCCAGUUUGAGGAAUGUGUUAGGUCUAGAUCUGGCCAAGAGAGAGCCAUGUGGGAGGUAGAAGUCAGCUACAUUUUUUCAUUGAUUUUAUGACCUUUUAACUACUAGUUAGAGAACGAUCUUGCUUCUAAAGCAGGUGUUUUGAUAUCUCUACAUAAUUUGUUAAAUGCAAAAGGGACAAGAAUUCCUCAGAUUGAUUCAGGAGUAGGAGAGAAAUACAAACCUCUGAUAAAGGUUUUUUUAAAAAUAUCACUUAAACAUUUAUUAAGCGCC